GUCUUCUGGUGGAAGUACUUCCUCUGCACGGACAUCCGGGUCUUCCCCGAAGCCCGGAAGUUCCACCCGGCGGAAGCCAUCGCCCGCUGGAGCGUGCAAGUGGACGACAAGGGGAGGCCCUACUUCAAGGUCACGGCCCUUGGGAAGGACAACGUGGUGUGGAUCAACGAGCGCACGCCGCCGCAGCCCCCGGCCUCGGGUCAUCGGUGGCCCUCGCCCGCGCUGCCGGCGAUGCACACCAAAGGAGAAGUCCGUACAGAGGACGAUCUUCUUUACCAAAGGUCUUUGCCCAACUUCCCCGAUGAGAAGACAGGGCGCCCGAUGCUGCGGCCCUCGGACAGUGAGGGCCUGCUGUCCUACUUGACGGUGCCCUACCUGCGGCAGCCGCUGCUGCUGAGCUUCUUUACGACGCAGGACCGUAGCAACUGCCUUCGCCAGGGCACGCUGCAAAGGAUCCUCCAGGCCUCGAUGCUGGAGCCUGGGAGGCUGCUCUUCCCCGAGGACAUGAAGAACAUCCCGGAGUUCGUGCCCGCCACGGCCGAGGAGGAGCACCUGGUGGCCUCUCCUUUCAGUCAGAUUCUCACGGAGCUGGCUCAUGGGCCGACGGUGAUCCUGACCGCCGUGGGCAAGCUGAUGGCCCUCACCUUAAGCCUCGCGACCUCCGUGACCUCGGAGACGGUUCCGGCGAUCCUCUUCUCCGUGCGCCUGGCGGUGCGUGUCGAGUCCGCAGCGGCGCUUUUGAUGGACCACGCCGAGGGCAAGGUGGCACGCGCCUGGCCCAGGCUCACCACCACGCCCAGCGUUUUGGAAGACCUGAGGCGUGGCCGGAGCUUGCUGCGGAGCACCUUCGAGGGCGAAGUCCUGCCAUGGUUUGAUAGGUGGGGAUUUCCGAAAAUAGGGGACCCAAAUAUAGCACCCUAA